AUGGAUGACCAUGUUCGUGGCAUAGUCGGGAAAUUCGGGCUAGGGACUCGUAACGAGCGAGGGCAGUUACUCCUCGACUUCUGUGCGGAAAACAAUGUUUCAAUCAUGAACACCCACUUCCAGCAUCAUCCUCGAAGGUUGUAUACAUGGAUCUCCCCUAACGGUCAACAUAGGAACCAGAUUGACUAUGUCAUGAUAGGGAAACGAUGGAAAUCAUCUGUCCUGAAUGUUAAGACGAGACCAGGUGCAGAUUGUGGCAGUGACCACCAACUACUUGUUGCAAAAGUUAAAAUCCGUCUUAAGUCAAUCAAACAGCAGAAACCUAGGAAGGUGGUGGACAUAUCGGGUCGAGCGCAGGAGUUGUUUGCCAAUGCCAUUAAGGAGCGGUUGCGUGAUUUUGCCGUAGAUCCCUUCGACUCUGCAAAUGUUACCUGGGAACAGUUGAAACAGGUAACCUUGCAGACAGCGAGCGAAGUCGUCGGAACACAAGCAAUAGAACAACCUAAAUCACCUUGGAUGUCCGAAGAAACAUGGUCAGCUAUCGUCAAAAGAAAAGCCCGAAAGGAGGAUGGUCUUACGACUGACGCAGAUAAGCAUGAGUACAGACUGCUGCAUCAUGAAGUCCAAAGACUUUGCAGACGUGACAGAGAUGCCUAUAUAAGUGCUGUCUGCGACGACAUUCAAAGGGAUUCUGAACGCAUGCAUUCUAAGGACAUGUUCCGCAGAGUGAAGCUGUUGGCCAAAGAGUACAAGCUGAAAACCUGGACUAUUGAGGACGACCGUGGUAACCUCAUCAUUAACAGGCAGGCUGCGCUGGACAGAUGGAGGAGAUACAGCGAACAGCUAUAUAGCGAAAAGGGCUGCAAUGAUAUUGAAGAAAGGGUGGACUAUAACCAACAUGAGCCAGAUAUCCUUCUUCAAGAAGUUGAGGCAGCAAUCAAUAGGCUGAAGCAAAAAGCAUGCGGAAGGGACAGCGUAACCGCUCUAAUGUUAAAGAGCCUAGGCUCGGAUGGUGCCAAGAUUUUACACUCCAUUUGCCAGAAAGUAUGGCGUACUGGCCAGUGGCCUGAAGACUGGACGGAAUCAAUAUUAAUUCCUCUCCAUAAAAAAGGCUCCACGCGCAAAUGUGAGAACUACAGGACUAUCUCCAUAAUCUCGCAUGCCAGUAAAAUUCUCCUCCAUAUUAUCAAUAAAAGACUGGAGAGUUUUAUCAGUAGGCAAAUCGCAAAAGAGCAAGCGGGUUUUGUUAAGGGUCGAGGAACCAGAGAGCAGAUCUUAAACAUAAGGCAGUUGAUCGAAAAGGCAAGGGAGUUCAACGUCCCGAUGGCUCUCUGCUUCAUUGACUACGCCAAGGCUUUUGACUGCAUCAACUGGAAGAAAAUGUUCGACGUGAUGCAAGAGAUGGGAAUACCGGACCACCUCGUCUCCCUUGUUCAGACUCUAUAUAUGGAUGGAAUUACGAGAGUCAGAAUGGACAAUGAGUUUUCCCAUCCAUUUAAGCCCGAACGUGGAGUCAGACAGGGGUGUAUUCUUUCCCCACAACUCUUCAACCUCAUCGGUGAACACAUUAUGAGGCUCGUUCUGGAGAACUGGGAGGGGGGUAUUCGUGUAGGAGGCCACCGAAUUAGUAAUCUUCGUUUCGCUGAUGAUACCACUAUAAUCGGUACCUCGGAGCGAGAGUUGCAUGAGCUUCUGAGGAGAGUGGAAGUCGUUAGCAAAGAUCUAAAAGACAAAAACUAA